AAGUACGCCAAGCACUCGCAUUCAUGAGGCAAAGGAAACGGCAGCGAAAAGGACAAAGUGAAGCGGAAAGACGGGAAACUGUGAAAGCGUCUGCCACAUCCUCUAGAUUUAAAGCGGAGCUCCUUAAUAAAUGCCCUACGAAAAGCCUAAAGAACUCUCGGCCUAUUCAAUGGAUACUUAAUUACCUUAGUUUAGCUUUAAAUUCCAGAUCAGCUUAUGUUAAUCGAAUUUCUCUUAUACGCACAGAUCUGUUGCGCAAGCGCGGCAUACUGACCGUAACGGACAACAAGGGCAUUCCCAAGCUGCAAAUGGAUGGCUUUGAGUACGUCCGGAAAAGUCGUCAGGGUUCGAAAACCUAUUGGGUUUGCGCCCAGAAUCGUCGCCAAUUGCGCUGCUCUGCCCGCAUCAUGACCUGCUCUAGCACCGGGGAAUUGGCGGUCAAGAAUCCGGAACAUAAUCACGAGCCAGAGUUUCCAAUCUUGCAUUACUGAAAGCGCUUCAAAGUUUACUUUUUAAUAAUAAGCCUUAUAGCCGGGCAAAACCGGUCAAUAUAAGAACAUAAAUAAUAAUACGACAAACUCAUUUUAAGCCUUGGGCAUUAAUUCCAAUUUCCAUCAAAAUUCGUGGAUUUACCUCUUACGCGAAUCUUUUCGAAAUGAGUUUGAUUAACGUAAAAGAAAUCAACAAAGUUUUUACAACAUUUUCCAACACUUCCGUGUAGGAUUGAGAUUUUACCUAACUUUCGUGUAGGUUUGUGGUUUCACAGGAAAGAGUGAAAAUCAUUUUCCAUGAAAUAUGAAAGAAACUUUUGCACUAACAAUAAAUUUCCUGCCGUUUCAGUUCGAGUUCGUAAUGGAUCUAAGACCUCGGAGCAGCAUUAACCGCAGACGAGCUGAGAAGGAUCCACACGCAUUCCUGGCACAGAAUUUGAACUGUUGAUUCCAUAGAUUAUAACGGAACCAAGUUCGAGCUCAAGUCAAUAAUAAAUGCUGUUUGCUAAAGCCCAAAUAAUUGUCGCCCUUGUCGCAUAGGAUAAUGCACGCUACUCUAGUCUAGGCUUAACUUUCCACCUGGUCAAAGUUCUGAUAUAUUCUAAUUGUUUCAUAUAUUUGCAGAUCUGGUGCGGAAGCAG